AUGAACGGAAACUGGCCUCGCUUAAUAUUGCAACCAUUUGGGAAUGGAUUACUAGGAGCAAGCGUCAAUUUUGAAGACGUGACGAUGCCAGCUGUUGCAAUGGUAUCGCAAGUUCUUGAGGCAACUGUACUAACAGUCACAUCAGGUACAUUUGCAAAUGCGGAGGAACUAGAAUAUUCGUUAACACAUGACGCCACUCCUCUCACAGUUUCCGGGAAGAUAAGUCUUGCAAAUGGAAAAACGUUAACGCUGACGGAUUCCCCUCUACAAUACUUUGGCAGCGGUCUUUCUAUCCGCGUGGGAAGUGAGGUAUUGAGUGUAGAAGAUGCCAGAUGGGAAGUAAGUCUUUUUGGGCAAGUCCUCUCACAUUUUAUAGUAUUAUAG